AUGGGCAGCACAAACCCAUGGUGGAGGUCAUCACUGAUAUCACUGUAUCUACCACUACUUGUCCUGGUUCUUAGUGCCACCAAUGUCGACGCUGCUGUUGAAGCUUCGUUUUAUCAAGAGGAUUUCUACUCAUCAGUAACAGCCCAAGGUGCAAUCGAAGCCGUAGUCCUAAUUAUAACAGGCCUUGCACUCUGCUUCGCAGGCUUCAUGCUCUUCAGACCAGUCCUCUUCCUGGUCGGAUUCUACUUUUUUGCCGCAGUAUGCUUCAUCGUCCUCUCAUACCUCGAAGGAUCAGGCAAAGUCACCCUCCCGUCUUCCCGAUCGUGGAUUUAUCUCGUCGCGUGUCUGGCGGCAGGUGUAAUUGGUGGACUCGUGUCAAUGGCGAUCUGGAGGUUGGGGUUGGGAUUACUUGGUGGACUGUUGGGGUUGUGCUUUGCGUUAUUCAUAUUGAUGAUUUUGACGGGUGGGCCGGUUGAGAGUCCCAUUGGCAGGGUUGUGCUGAUGGGUGUGUUGACUGCUAUUGGGGUGGUGGCGAUUUUCCUCAUCGAAAAGCCGCUGUUGAUAGCAUCGACAUCGCUAGUCGGCUCAUUCGCCUUCUUUUUCGGAAUCGACAUGUUUGCCAGAACGGGAUUCUCAAACUCCAUUAUCGGAUUCUUUAAAGCACAACCAUACCCUGUCUCUGGAUGGGUGCUCUAUGCCAUUUUAAUUGGAUGGUUCCUGUUGGCAUUGGCUGGAUCUGCUGUGCAGAGUAAUUAUGGAUCUGGAGGACGUGGAAUGUACCCAUAUAGUCAGUUCAGAAACAAGAAGUGGAGAGAAGUUAAACCACAAUGGGAAAAUUAA